UCCCAGGCAGUCCAUUUUCCGGUCCUGGCCGCUGCUGCCGAGGAAUUCUUCAAGCGUUCAGCAAGACGAUUGUGACCAUGGCUGCUGAGUCUGAUGUUCUACACUUCCAGUUUGAACAGCAAGGAGAUGUGGUCUUGCAGAAAAUGAAUCUCUUGAGACAACAGAAUUUAUUUUGUGAUGUAUCAAUUUAUAUUAAUGAUACUGAGUUCCAAGGGCACAAGGUGAUUUUGGCUGCUUGCUCCACUUUCAUGAGAGAUCAGUUUUUACUCACACAGUCAAAACAUGUCAGAAUCACCAUUCUGCAGAGUGCUGAAGUUGGCAGAAAAUUGUUGCUCUCUUGCUACACCGGAGCACUUGAAGUUAAAAGGAAAGAGCUUUUAAAAUAUUUGACAGCUGCCAGUUACCUCCAAAUGGUUCACAUUGUGGAAAAGUGCACAGAAGCUUUGUCAAAGUAUCUGGAGGUUGAUCUUUCUAUGAAAAAUAACCAACAACACACUGACCUGUGUCAAUCUUCUGAUCCAGAUGUUAAGAAUGAAGAAGAAAAUUCUGAUAAAGACUGUGAGAUCAUAGAAAUUUCAGAAGAUAGCCCUGUAAACAUGGAUUUCCAUGUUAAAGAAGAGGAAAGCAAUGUUUUACAGUCUACGGUAGAAAGCUUAACAUCAGAGGGAAAGGAAAUGAACUCACCAGAUCUCUCGACGGAAGAUAUAGGUUUUAAAGAGAAUGAAAUUUGUAUCCUCCAUGUAGAAUCUAUCAGUACAGCUGGUGUAGAAAAUGGACAGUUUUCACAGCCUUGUACCUCAUCAAAUGCAAGCAUGUAUUUUUCUGAAACACAACAUUCAUUGAUCAAUUCUACAGUUGAGAGCAGAGUGGCAGAAGUUCCUGGGAAUCAAGAUCAGGGAUUAUUUUGUGAGAAUACCGAUGCAAAUCCUGGUACAGUGAAUGAGACUCAGAAUCUGGAUGAAAGUUUCUCACUGAGGCACCAAUGUCCCAGGUGUCCUAGGGGCUUUCUUCAUGUUGAAAACUAUCUUCGCCACCUUAAGAUGCAUAAACUGUUUUUAUGCUUACAGUGUGGGAAAACAUUUACACAGAAAAAAAAUCUCAACCGGCACAUUCGAGGACACAUGGGCAUACGGCCCUUUCAGUGUAGCGUGUGCUUGAAGACUUUUACUGCUAAAAGUACACUUCAGGACCAUUUGAACAUACACAGCGGAGAUCGGCCAUAUAAAUGCCACUGUUGUGAUAUGGAUUUCAAGCACAAGUCUGCUCUCAAAAAGCAUUUAACCUCUGUUCAUGGCAGAAGUGGUGGUGAAAAACUGCCUAGGCCUGAUCUCAAAAGGCAGAAUGUUUUAUAAUUGAAAUCAGACUUGCUAUGUAACCCUUGUAUCAUGCUGUUAGGCAAGUCUUUCUGUGGAAAUGUGGCAUUGUUAUGUCACAACCUCAUCUUUAGGUUUUAUUUUUGGCCUGCUUGCACAGGUUGUUUCUGAAGUGACAGUUACAGAGUUGUGGGAGGCACAACCAAGCUGAUGGGAUUCUGCCUCAUCUCACAUUAUUUGAAAAUCUCAGUGCUAUGCUUAGAGAAUUAGUGUUCUGCUAUAAAAUAUUCUUGAUUCUAGUGCAAAAUCCAGUAUUAUUUGCAGAUUAUUUGUACUCUCUAGGUAAUUCAUUUAAAUGAAAAGCCACCCAACCAUUUAGAAACUUAAUGUUAGAAUGAUAAGUUUUAAAACAUACUAUUCAUUGUUGUAAGUUUGAAAACAGAGCUAGCAAUUUUUUGUCUUAAGUUUUAACCAGUGCUCUUGGAUAAUAAACUGAACACCAUGGUAUUUUAAAAUGAAAGAACACAAUUCAGAUUCACUUGGGAAUAGAAGAAUCUCUUUAAAAUGUUUAUUCUUUCUUUAAAUGCUUACAUUUCUAUUAACAUUUCAUUUCCCUUUUCUUUUUGGUUUUUGAGGUAGGUUCUCACUCUGUCCCAGGCUUACCUGGAAUUUACUACGUAGUCUCAGGUUGGCCUUAAACUCAUAAUGAUUUUCCUACCUCAGCCUCCUGAGUGCUGGGAUUAAAAGUGUGUGCCACCAUGCCUUUCAAAUUUCUCUUUUUUUUGACUGCAUUUACUAUAGUUGGAUUAAUAACUCUGACAAAUGCAAAUAUAACCCUGUCAUAGGCUGAGAAAUUUCUUUUCUUAGAAAUUCUAGUUGUAUCAAAGGUAUUGUUUCAUUGUCUAUGUAAAAUGUGAUUUUUUCCUUGUAGCAAAAUUCACCUUUCUUUUGGGAUUAUGUUUCCUUAAAUUGUAACACAUGUAUAGAUUUGUGUACCAAUCAAUGCAAUUUUGUUACAGAACAGUUUCAUAAUUUCACCAAGUUCCCUCAUGCUGCCCCUUUCUACUCAAUCCUUGUUAACUCUGAACCUUCACAAUCCUUCAUCACUAUAAUUUGAUCUUGCCUGGCAGGACAUGUAAGUGGACAGUAUGUUCCAUUUUAGGAUUUUUUUUUUUUUUUUUUUUUUUUUUUACCCAGCACAAUGCCUGUCAUUUAUGUGUAUGUCAGUUGUUUAUUACCUUUUUAAUCUUUAGUUUUUGUUUGAGGUGGUAUUCCUGUAUAGUCCAGACUAAGCUCAAACUAGAGAUCCUUUGCCUCAGCCUAUCAUGUGUGUUACCAUGCUUGGCUCCUUUUUAAUUUUAUACUGUCACUAUGUAGUUUAGCUGUUAGCAGAAGAACAGUCAACUUGAGGGAUUACUAGAAUUAGUUAUGACUUUUUAUUUGUGUUAAUACAAUUUAUCAUUUGUUGUUUAUUGACAAAGAAAUUUAAUCAUUCCAAUUUUUAUUUUAUAUUUCUAGAAAAAUGCCAAAUGCAAAACUAUGACUGUGGUUAUUUUAGUAAUAUUUAAGAUUGUGUUCUGGCAGACAACUCUAGAAUAUGUCUAAAUAUAAUUUUUUUGUUAUUAUAAAGAUCAAAAUACAUUUCAGAACAAACAACCUCACCUGAACACAGGAAUUACUUGUGGUAGAGAAGCUCUACCCUAUUCAUUUUACUUCCAAGCCAGUCUGUUUCUCCUCUGUGUACCUCAGCUUUUUGCAGAAUUUCUGCUGUAUUUAAAUUCUAUUGACAUUCUUCUGUAUUUUAAAAUUAAUAUACUUUGUACUAUAUAAUAAUUGUGUGAACAUCAUUAUAAAUGUUAAAUACCAUUUUGUGAUACUUUUGUGGGAAAGAUAUCAGCUAGAAUUUUAACUCUACAAGAGACUAAAUAAUUCCAAAUAUAAGUUAUAACCCAGGCCACUAGUUAAUUCACCUGUCCCUGAAGUUUUAAUACGUGUGUGUAUAACAACUUUGAUAUUGAUGGGUUUUAAGAUUACUUCCAGGUCUAAAAUUCUAUAAUUUUAUAUUCUUUCUGACAAUAGAGAUAGAGGACAAUUUUGUGCUUUUUAAAAAAAUACUAUUACUUGAGUACUUUGUGGGAGACAAAAUUUUUCAAAAACAAAUACUGUUUCUUCCACUGCUUAGUUAAUGUUCCAGUGCUUAGUUAUUUCAUUUGACUUAAGGAUGGACAUUUAUUGUGAAAGUAUUUCUCUUUGAGAAACAGUUUACAUAUGAUUGAAGUACUUUUGUUAUUUUUGCUUAGGUUGUAAUUUUGGAGGGGAGCAUCGGGUGGGAGGACAGGGUAAAGGUUUUUUUCCUACUAUGUUUGAUAUUUAGAACAUUUUGAUUGAAGCUGUUUAAAUUUUAUGUGUGCCUUGUAAGAUUGUUGUAAACAUUUUUGUGAGCACUUUGAAAUACUUGCUUGGGAGGAAAAUGUUUUAUAAAAGUAAUCGUUGUUAUUUAUGUUAUUUAUUCCUGUUAAGUAGUACGGAAUGACUUCUAAACAUUCCUAGAAGCUAGGUAUGGUGGCAGAUAGCCCUUGGGAGGUAAAACCGUGUCUCAAAACAACAAAAAACAAACAUUCCUAGAAGAGAUUCUGUUUGCAUGAUAUGUCUGAAUUUUCAGGAAAAUGAAAUCUUUUAGAAUAACAGAUACUGCAAAAUAAAGGGUAGAAGUCAUAUUAAAAUGUUUUUAGCUGUUUUCUGAUAUGACAGAAAAAGCAGUCUGUUUGGGUUUAUUGACUGCAUUUAGAUAGAAAUAAUCUUGAAAAGGUAGCUACGGUGUUGUAAGAGAAAAUUCUUUCCUUUUUUCAUUGGAUGUAAUUAUAUGUUUAUACAAAAAAUAAUAAACUUAAGGUGGGAAUGGAGAACUUGGAUUGUA